AUGUUUUUGAUUUGGUUAAUCGCUUUGAUAUUCCGUGUCAUGGUGAAAGCGGAACAAUCUGUGUUCAAUUAUCCCAUUAUUUUACCUCAGUGCAAAUGUUCGGAUAUUGAAGAUUGCAAUACAAUGUUGGAGCAACGAUUUGUUACAUGUGCUCAGGAGUCGGAUUUUCUUUAUUUUAAAUUUAAUGCUUUUAUUGAUCAUGAAUAUGACCGACAGGACUCUUACUGCGAAUCAAUCCUUAAAAAAGUUGGAGAUUCAAAAAAGAUCCAUAGUUGCUUACAUGCGGAUCAUAUGGCCGCUGAACGCUUAGACCAGUGUAUCAAAAAAAAUCUCGGCGUAGCUGGUUGUACGAAUGCUAAUCAACCACCCAAUAUAACGAUCAGUCCACUAUCGUUUGGAGAGGAAUUCGACUCGCAGAAUAUCUUCAGCGGAGGAUUAACAUCAAACGUACAAAUGGAAUCCAAGGAUCAAUUUUUCGUACUCGCUGCUUAUCUAAUGUGCCUGGAUCAUUGCAUUAUGAAUGAAAUAAUGUUGAAGAAUACGAGAGCUCGACGAAGUUUGGAUGUUGUUUGCGCGAUGAAAUUAAAUUGUGCACUUAAGCCGCUUGAUCAAGGCGCGAUGAAUGUCAUAAAAACUUGUCAAAAGAAUCUGGAUUUGGGACCAACGAAACGCCUCCAAGAGUCAUGCGAAUGUUUUAAAAACGCUGGACUUCAACUUAAAUGUAACACAACUACAAGCAAAUAA